CAGAAAUAGUCUGUUUUUUAUAGAUGAUGGAUACGAAAAAAGAUUUUGAAUUUGAAGAACUUAUUAUAUGUGGUUGUUGCAAGCAGAAAUUCAAUGAAACAGAAUUUGUGCCAAAGGAACUUAGUUGUAAACAUUGUUUUUGUUUGCAAUGUGUUAAGACUACUAUGCUCAAAGGAUUGGAAGUGUAUUGCAUAAAUUGUUGGAAGCGAACUGAAUUAGAUGAACAAUCUCCAGAGACUCUGCGAACACAAAAAUCUAUUCUCAGUCUAAUUAGACAUCUGGCAAAUGUUAAAGUCAAUAAAUCUGUUGAUAAAGAACGAAAGGGGGAAAAUUGUCAUACACAUGGAAUGCCAUUUUCAUUUUGGUGUUACAAUUGUCAACAGCUCUUGUGUCGAGCGUGUGGAACACAAUCUGACCAUAUUGGACAUUCUAUAAAAUCAAAUAAUGACGCACGUGACCAUUUAAUCAGCGAAGUUCAAGUUGAAACUAUAGCUAUUGCUAAACUGAUGAGUGAAAUUCAAAAUUUAUUUGGACACAAACGCCAAUUUCUCUUGAGGGUUUUAGAUGCCUGUAACACCCUGAAAACUCAAAUUGAACUAGAGUUAAAUAGUGGUUGGACUCAAAAUACAAACGAUUUAUUACAGACCAAUGAAACUUUAAAUAGUAUCAAACCAUCAAAUUUACGUACAGACGACUUAUAUGAUUUACAAUUAUAUUUAAAUCGGCUGGAACAAGUGAAGCAAAAAGUACAAAAUAAAUACUCUGAACAAUUUGCACAUGGCCAAUUAGAAGAUAUUAUAUCUUCAACUAACUUGUUAGAUUUUGGUAUGAUCAAACAAUCGUUGUCUUCAUUACAGUCCAUGGCUUUAGAAUCAUAUAAGUCUGCAGAUGUGGCUAAUCCAAAUACUCAUAUUUUUUUCUUAGCUAACUAUUGUACUGCACAAUUGUUUACAAGAUAUGUACUACCUAAACAUGUCACACAACUUGUAAAUGGACCAGAGUUUGCAAAAAAUUCUCCUGGAAAUUCGUCAACCACUCAAUACACAACAUCUCUAUCCUCAAUAUCAUCAAAUGAACCAGUACUGAUAACAUCACAAAAUAGUCCACCACCAGCUAUUUUGAAUAAUGUACCUUCAAUACGAAGUGUUAAUACUUUUCCCAUGUUUUACUUUAAUAUUGAAGUAAAUGGGACAUCAUUUGGUCGUUUAGUCAUUGAAACUCGUCCAGAUAUAGCACCAAAAAUGUCAAAGAAUUUUGAAGUAUUAACUGUUGGAGAUACAAGUGGUUGUUCGUAUAAAGGCUGCUCAAUAUUUCAAUGUUGGGAUGGAGAAUCUGUGAUUACUGGUGAUUUUGAGUUAAAUAAUGGUCGUGGUGGCAAAUCWAUAUAUGAAGAAGGUUACUUUAUGCCUGAUGAUACUAAGUUUCCAGCAGUUCGAGGAGCUGUAGGAAUGCGCCGUACUCAAAAACGCCAUGAUAAUAUGGGUAUGGUUGGAUCACAAUUUCGUAUUAUUCUACAAGAAAUGCGCGGGUUCACAGCCAUUUUCGGUCAUGUGGUAGAUGGUAUUGAUCUCGUUGAAAAAAUGGCGUCGUUUGGAGACCAAACUGGCAAACCGUCCAAGACAUUUGUCAUAUCUAGUUGUGGUAAAGUCUAACAUAAACCUCUUUUAGUGUAAAAUUAAAAUAAAUAAUCGAUCAAGUAGUUUAUAGAAGCAAUUGAACGUUUAUGUGUAUUUUUGUAAUCCAUUAUCAAAGGUUUCGACAAAUUUAUUUUUAAAUCCAAACCGUAUAAUAGUUUUAAAUAAUAAUAUUAAUUAUAUCCCAUAUGUAUUAA